AUGACCCAGCAUAAAAGCAAUAGAUUUUGCACCAUCCUGAAUGAGACCUCAAAGACCUUGGAAUCUGCAUGUGGCAAUGGAAACCAAUCAGAAUCCCUGAAGGAAGUCUUCACUUCUCUCGAUUCGCUUUUCAAUGCCACUGCCCAGCAGUCUACUUGGAGCAAGGAGGAGGUUGCAUGGGCAGCCACCGCCUUUCUGCAGCGUGCAGAAUUGGCUGCCUUGGAAGCUGCUUGGAACAGUUCCGAGAAUGAGCCGCAGACGAUCACAGCCGAGACGAUGACCAUCGUGGCCCAGCGGGUUACGGAUAACUGCAGUCGGGCAGGGAAGAUGAUCGAACUGAACGCUGAAAACGAGAUGAUGAGCAUUGACUGCACGACAGUGGUUGGUGCCAGUGAACCAGGCUCUGGAGUCGUUGCCUUCAUAUCGUAUGCCACUCUCGAGUCCAUCCUGAACAAUAACUUUAUUGACCAGCAAAACCUGAGAGGGAAUGACAAACUGGAUAGCACUACGCUGAAUUCGAAGGUAGUGAGUGGGACCAUUGGGAAACCUGGUCCCCUCUCCAAACCUUUCUACUUCACCCUGGAGCAUAAACAGAGAAAGGAAAUGGAAGACAAGAUUAUCUGUGUUUUCUGGAACUUCACUGGCACCUGGUCUACUGAAGGCUGCAGACUUCUCCAUGCAAACAGCACUCACACCACCUGCACCUGUAAUCACCUGUCCAGCUUUGCCAUCCUGAUGGCUUCACAUGCGAGCAAGGAGAGUUACCCACUGACCAUCAUCACCUAUGUGGGACUGACCCUCUCCCUGCUGUGCCUCUUCCUUGCCAUCCUCACCUUCCUCCUGUGCCGCUCCAUCCGCAACGUCAGCACCUCCCUCCACCUGCAGCUCUGUCUCUGCCUCUUCCUGGCCGACCUGCUCUUCCUCACCGCAGUGAAGAGCGUCACCAAUGAGGUGGCGUGUGCUGUCAUUGCUGGCCUCCUACACUACCUCUUCCUGGCGUGCUUCAGCUGGAUGUUUCUGGAGGGGCUGCACCUCUUCCUCACCGUCAGGAACCUGAAGGUCGUGAAUUACACCAGCGCCGGCCAGUUCAAGAAGAGAUUCAUGUACCCGUUCGGCUACGGAUUCCCAGCCCUGGUGGUGGCUAUUUCUGCAGCGGUGAAUCACAAAGGCUACGGAACUUCUGAACACUGCUGGCUCACAAUAGAGGGAGGCUUCAUCUGGAGUUUCCUUGGACCAGUCUGCCUUAUUAUUGUGAUGAAUUUAACAUUUUUUAUCACAACCCUCUGGAUCCUGAGAGACAAAAUCUCCUCCCUCAAUGCAGAUGUCUCCACCCUCAAAAACACAAGGUUACUGACAUUUAAAGCCAUCGCCCAGCUGUUCAUCCUGGGCUGCACUUGGAGUCUUGGUCUGUUGCAAACAAAAGCGGCAGCCAUGGUCAUGGCAUAUUUAUUCACCAUUAUCAACAGCCUGCAGGGAGCCUUCAUCUUCCUGGUGCACUGUCUCCUCAAUCAGCAGGUGAGAGAAGAGUACAAGAGAUGGAUCAGAAGGAUUGAAAAAUCCAGAACCAAGUCUCAGACUUCCAGGCUAUCUAUGUCAGCUAUGCCCAUGACCACCGGAACUGAAUGUGAAAAGUCCUCCUGAAAAAGUGGAGACUACUACUGCAUGUGGGAGAAAAUAAAGCCCAGCUCCAUUCCCAGCACCAGAAGUUCCCUUUUUUACAAAGAAGUGGAAGCUGCUUAUCUCCAAU